AUGGGCAAACCAAAACGCAGCAACGUUCUAGCUGCCGCCGAAGAGUCGGCGACACCGCCGGAUCAGCUAGCCGAGUCGCAAUCUGUCGCACGCGUCGUGAAGGCCGAGGGCAACAACCUCUACACGUGCACGCUGCCCAACACGAAGCCCAUCCUCGUCGAGCUCGAGACUCGGUUCCGCAGCACAAUAUGGAUCAAGCGGGGCGGCUAUGUGCUGGUGGACCUGGCGUCGGCGGACGAGCGGGCGCCCAACAGCAGGGUCGUGGGCGAGAUCAUUAAUGUCGUGCGCGACGAGAAGGAGUGGAGGAAGCGGCCUUACUGGCCCAAGCAGUUUACAAAAAAUACGUACGACGACGAGGACGAGGACUCGACGGUGGGGAAGAUGCCGCCUAGCGACUCGGAGGACGAGGAC